AUGCCGACCUGCGGCAAAUGUGACAGCGUUUUCCAGUACGAGACGAACAGAGUCAUCCAGAUCCACAGCGCCAAUUACGGCACCAUAAAGUGGCUCCUCCACGUGCUCGUCUUCUCCUACGUCAGCUUUGCCCUGGUCAAAGACAAGCUGUACCAAGAGAAAGAGAAUGUCAUCAGCUCUGUGCACACCAAGGUGAAGGGGAUCGCGGCUGUGACGGAGGAGGUCACCGAGAACGGAGUGAAGAGAAUCUUUGACACUGCGGAUUACACCUUCCCUCUGCAGGCAAACUCCUUCUUUGUCAUGACAAACUAUCUCAAGACAGAAGGUCAGGUUCAAGGGCUCUGUCCUGAGUUCCCCACCCCUCGGACAAUCUGCUCCAGUGACCGGAGUUGUAAAAAAGGAUGGAUGGACCCCCAAAGCAAAGGAGUCCAGACUGGACGGUGCAUACAGUACAAAUCUACUGUGAAAACCUGUGAAGUGUCCGCCUGGUGCCCCAUCGAGGCAGUGGAAGAAGCGCCCCGGCCCGCCCUCCUGGAGAGUGCCGAGAACUUCACUGUGCUCAUCAAGAACAAUAUCGACUUCCCCGGCCACAACUACACCACGAGAAACAUCUUGCCAGGUUUUAACAUCUCUUGCACCUUUAACAAGACUCUGAAUCCACAAUGUCCCAUUUUCCGACUGGGAGAUAUCUUCCGAGAAACAGGAGAUAACUUUUCAGAUGUGGCAAUCAAGGGUGGAAUCAUGGGCAUUGAGAUCUACUGGGACUGCAAUCUGGACAAGUGGUUCCAUCACUGCAGACCUAAGUACAGCUUCCGUCGCCUUGACGACAAAACCACCAAUGAGUCCCUGUACCCUGGCUACAACUUCAGAUACGCCAAGUACUAUAAGGAGUCAGGUAUUGAAAAGCGCACGCUGAUAAAAGUCUUUGGGAUCCGUUUUGACAUCCUGGUGUUCGGCUCAGGAGGAAAAUUCGACAUCAUCCAGCUGCUUGUCUACAUUGGAUCAACUCUCUCCUAUUUUGGCUUGGCCACCUUCUUCAUCGACUUCCUCAUCAGCACCUUCUCGAGCCAGUGCUGCCGGACGCGCGUCUACCCCUGCUGCAGGUGCUGCGAGGAGUGGUGCGGGGUGAACGAGUACUACCACCGCAAGAAGUGUGAGACCGUGGUGGAGCCCAGCCGGAGAUUAAAGUACGUGUCCUUCGUGGAUGAGCCUUACAUCAGGAAGGUGGACCAGCAGCUCCUUGGGGAGAGCCUGCAGAACACCAAGGGGGAAGUAAUCCAGAGACCUCCGGUGGACUUCACAGAGCUGUCCAGGCUGCCCCCGUCUUUCCAAGAGCCGCCCUCAGCACCCCUGCAGCCUGGCGAGAUGCAGCUGCUUGGGGAAGAGGUGCCCAGGUCGGAGGGCAGCCCCUCCUGGUGCCAGUGCGGUAAAUGCCGCCCCUCCCAGCUCUCCAACAAGACGUCCAGGUGCCUGGAAGAGCUGUGCUGUCGGCAACGGCCUGGGGCCUGCAUCACCACGUCGGCCGCCUUUCAGCAGCUCGUCCUGUCCAGGAGCUCGCUGCAGUUCCUCCUGCUCUACCAGGAGCCCCUGCUGGCGCUGGAGACCGAAGAGGCCACCAGCCGGCUGCGCCACUGCGCCUACCGCUGCUACACCGGCUGGCGCUUCGGCUCCCGGGAGGUGGCCGACUUCGCCAUCGUGCCCAGCUGCUGCCGCUGGAGGAUCCGGACGGAGUUCCCCAGGAGCGAAGGCCACUACAGCGGCUUCAAGAGUCCUUGCUGA